ACAUAAAAAUCUCCUCUAAAAACUUAGAGUUUUUAUUUUCCUCCCUUCUUAUCAAUUUUUUUUUCUUCAAAAUUUAGAAAAAAAAAUGGAGGGGGAAUGUAAUUGCAAUUUUUUUCAAAGAUCAAAACCUUAUAUAGCCAUGAUUUCUUUACAAUUUGGUUAUGCAGGAAUGAAUAUUAUAACCAAAGUUUCACUUAAUAGAGGCAUGAGUCAUUAUGUUCUUGUUGUCUAUAGAAAUGCCUUUGCUGCUGCAAUUAUUGCUCCCUUUGCUCUUUUACUUGAAAGGAAAAUUAGGCCAAAGAUGACAUUCAUGAUGUUCUUGCAAAUAUUUGUAUUGGGUCUUCUAGGGCCAUUGAUUGAUCAAAAUUUUUACUAUGCUGGGCUUAAAUUGACAUCUCCAACAUUUUCAUGUGCUAUAAGCAACAUGUUACCUGCUAUGACAUUUGUCAUAGCAGUCCUAUGUAGAAUGGAGAAGGUGAAUUUGAAGAAAAUUGGAAGCCAAGCAAAGGUGUUGGGGACUAUAGUAACUAUGGGUGGUGCCAUAUUAAUGACAUUGUACAAAGGCCAAAUUGUUAAUUUAAUUUGGUCAAAUCAAAUUAGUGGAACUUAUGAUAAAGAGUGGCUAAAAGGCUCAAUUCUCCUCAUUUUUGCUACACUUGCUUGGGCUUCUUUCUUUAUUCUUCAGGCUAUUACAAUGAGAAAAUAUACAGCUCCAUUAUCUUUAAUUGCACUUGUUUGCUUCAUGGGAACUUUGCAAUCUAUGGCUUUAACAUUUGUAAUGGAACACAAAACUUCUGUUUGGGCUAUUGGUUUUGACAUGAACCUUCUUGCUGCUGCCUAUGCUGGAAUUGUGUCAUCAAGCAUAGCAUACUAUGUACAUGGUCAAGUAAUGGAGAAAAAAGGACCUGUUUUUGUGACAGCUUUUAGUCCACUCAUGAUGAUCAUUGUUGCCAUUAUGGGCUCUUUCAUUCUUGCUGAAAAAUUCUAUAUUGGAGGAAUUGUUGGUGCAUUGGUGAUAGUGGCAGGGCUAUACUUUGUUCUAUGGGGAAAAUACAAGGAGUACAAAGAAAAUGAAAUUGAAGAAUCAAUAAUUAUUGAAGCAGUGAAGGGCAUUAAUGGAAAUAAUCAAAUGAUGAUUAUAGUAAUUAAUGAUAUAGAAAUGCAAAAAAAUGGUGAAAAAAUAAUAUCAGCAGCUCCAGUAUUUAGUUUUCCCAUGUUAACUAGAGAAGCACCAAAGUCUUAAUUUUUAAAUUAAAUUACAUGUAAAAGAAUAUGUGUAGAGCAAUUUUGAUAUUACAUAUAUGUUUAGAGCAUUUUACUCUUUUAACCUUGA